AUGGCUGUUCCUCCUGGUCCAAAACACGUUCAAAUCACUCCUAGCACCUCCCAGUACGCCCCCGGAUCGAUGGAAGCGAUAGGCAACUUGGAUGUCAUGCAACGCCUGGACGCUAUCGAGAACCAGCUACGUGAUCUCAAGAAAGAUCAACAGAUCAACAACGCCGUCGUCCUCAACCACGGGAUCAUUGCACGAAAUCGGCAGAACUAUCCAUCCUAUGAACGAUUAGAAAAACACCACGAUAUCGACCGUGUCCUUGCCCUCACACCGCGACUGACUGACCGCGAAGAUGUUCUGCCAGAUCUCAUCGGGAAUGCGUCGGCAGGCGGAAAUUAUGCCUCUGUGUGA